GGUAGAUACCCCCGUCGCGUGUGGCGCCCUCCCUCUCUUGGGGUGCAAUACUACGAUGCCGCUGGGGUCACUCCAACCCCCAGAACUGAGCCUCUACUUUAGUCAAUCCUCUUUGGUGAUUACCGUAUAACUGUGUCUAUGUAUGUCUCUUGUAUUUAUGUAGUGCUUGCUAGGACAACGAUCUUCAGUAAGUCAGAACAACAAUAAUAGAGCAAGUAUUAACUCUGAAAUCAAUUGGCAUAAUCGUUGCUGUUUCUACAGAUCACCAUGGACGAUUUGCAAAACUAUAAACUGCAGCUUCAACAAGUUGAAGCUGCAUUAACGACUGAUCCCAGUAAUGAGGAAUUGUUGAAGUUGAAAAUCGAUUUGGAAGAGGUUAUUGAGUUGACACAUGACCUCAUCAAGUCUCAACAGCACGAGAAAAGGCAGAGCAAUGGCAUGGACGCUAAAGAUCCUAUUCUUCUAGCUGUUUUGGCGAAUAAGUGGAAAGUUGGAGACUCUUGCAUGGCACCUUGGAGUGAAGAUGGAAAUCGGCGAAGAAAGGAGUCGUGAAGAAAAGUAUAUUUGCAACACCUGAGAAUGUCAAGGGUAGAGUUGGAAUAGGCACUUGUGGUGUCAGUGGUAAAGAAAUGACAAAAUUUAGCAAUGGUGAAAAAUGGAGACGUGGCACCUAAAGAUCUCAUUCAUCUUUGUUGUACAUAAUUUUAUAAGAUAAAUUCAAAUGUUAAUUUAAGGAUAAAUAAGUUGAAAAAGUAUAUCUAUAUCAUCGUGUCCUUAAUAUAACAUCGGCGCUGAGUUGCAUUAAUCAAUUAAUUAUUAUUACAGGGUUUCACACUGGACAGAAGGGAGUGUAUGUCUCUUUGAUUUUGUAGGCGAAUUGCGAACCGGGAAAUGUCGAUUAUAACAUUUUUAGAUGAUUAUUGAAUUAUUUCGAUAGUCAGAUGAGAGAAUUUGAAGAGUCAUUUCUUACGACGGAAUUCUCACCUUAAAAAUAAACACAAUUUACUUGAGUUUUUAAUAGAAUUUUCGAAUUCAUGAAAUUGACAUUUUUUUUUUAAGUGUAAACGAUAUUUGGAUUUAAUUCAUCGGAGUGGUGAAUUGAUUUUUCUCGAGUUAUUUCACCUCUAGUGAAGAUUAUUAAUUAUUUUCUUGUAAUUAUUAUCACGCAGUUUCAUUGUUUGCAAUUGUGAAUAAUCUCAUUUUGCGGAAAUGAAUAGUUACAA